ACCUAAAAAAACAUAGUUAGCUAGCAACGCAUGAGAACUUGAUAAGUGUCCUCCUGAACGAGUGUUUGCUUCACUUUGACAACUUGCUAGCUAUAACAACACGACCGCGGACCCGGAAAAACUGGUGGGACGUGACAUGUCAAAAGUAGGCGUGGCAAUGAAGGGACCAAUGGGAAGGAUGUUUAUGGUGCGUCGCCAAAAGGUGUCUUUCCGAUUCAGAUUUUGGCGUUGAUGAGCAUCUGAUUUAUUCUCUACGAUAGAUAAGGAGGAAGCUGAACCCUGCUCUGGUUGCCUGAGAACACAUCUGAUGUAGCACUUACCUAUUUUGUGUGACCUUUGAGUGAACUAAGGGAGUGUGUCACCUGAGGAAGGACAGUGGGAUUCUUCUCAACAGCAGUCCUUCAUCCAGCGAUCUACAGCCUGACUGCUCUCUCCACCUCUCUCUGUAUCUCCCCCCUCUUUCAUCCCUCCCUCUUUCACACUUCUCUAUGCUUCUGCCCAAUGAUGUCCUUCUCCAUUUCAGAGUCCCUCUGUAAGACUACUGUCUCUCCAUCCCUAUCUCCAUCCCUCCUUGAUCUCUCUCUCUCGCCAUCUGCCUGUGCACCUCUCCUGACCGCCAGGCUGGAUUUCCUGCAAAUGAAACACCUGAAGAGGAAGAGGAAGAGUAACUACAGCGUUCGUGAGACGCAGACGCUGAUCCGGGAGAUCCACAAGCGACGAGACGUGCUGUUCUCCCGCCAGCAGAACACCGCCAUCAACGAGUUGAAGAGACGAGCCUGGGAGGAGGUAGCAGGAGGCGUCAACGCACUGGGAGAGGGUGAACUACGCACAGCUUCAGAGGUGAAGCGGCGUUACCUGGACUGGCGGUCGUUAAUGAAGAGAAAGCAGCUCCGUGCUGAGCUGUCUCUCUCCACAGGGCUGAAGGCAGAGUAUGAUCCGUCCUCCCCUGAACACGACGCCUCACUGGGUUCAGGGGACCAGUCGCUCGACCUCUCUGGCUUUCCCAAGGAGUCCCAGUGCGACUGGCAGGACCUGGCGGAUCUUGGAGAGCCCAGUGGACACUCGAUGUCUACGGAGGUUAAGCUGGAGGAGGAGGCCAAUGGAUACAGGCUGGAGGGUGAUAGUGGUGAGGGUGAGGUAGAGGAUGAUGAUUGUUUCCCCUCCCUCCUACCCGACAUGGGAGAGCGAGAUGGACGUAUCCCUGAAGUAUUUUCACACAUUGAUGAGUUCGGAAUGCUCAGCGCAUCAAAGGGGGCGGCGGCCUCAAUGAAUCGGGACCUCUCAUCGACCGGCCUGGGUGGACAGGGCUUUGCUGGCUUAGGACUAGCCAAUCACGAGAGUGCGGGACUUCUGGUUGCCUUGGAGAAGCAGCGUCUGGCUGUGGAAACGGAGCGGCUAGCGGUGGAGAGAGAGAGACUCCUACUGGAGAAGGAAAGACUGAGUCAGUCGGAGGUGGAGAAAGAGAGAUUGCAGCUGGAGAAAGAGAGAUUGCAGCUGGAGAAAGAGAGAUUGCAGCUGGAGAAAGAGAGACUUCAGGUGUUGCUCAUGAACCAAUCAGAACGGGCCACAGCUCCCCCCCAGCAAAGCCCUCCCUCUUCCUCCACCCCUACCACCACCUCUUCCUCUGCUGUGGAUGGACAGAAUGAGAGAAAGGAGAAUAAACCCUGGCUUUCUAUGAUAGAUCUGGAGGGUGAGAGACUGAGGCUGGAGAAGGAGCGACUGCAGUUAGAGAAAGAGAGGCUGCAGUUCUUUAAGUUUGAGUCUGGACGACUGCAGAUCGAGCGGGAGAGACUAGAGGUGGAGAAGGAGAGAAUGCAGCUUCACCAGGAUCAGGGUCGCUGAGGGAGCAGGAGGAAGGAGAGAGGAAGGAUGGCAUCAAAUUGUAUUUGUCACAUGCUUGGUAAACAACAGGUGUAGACAAACAGUGAAAUGCUUAGGGGCCCUUCCCACCAACACAACGCGAAAGAAAAGGAAAACACGUAAUAAUAGAUACACAAUGAGUAACGACAACUUGGCUAUAUACAAGUGGUACAGGUACCGAGUCGAUAUGCAGGGGUACGAGGUCAUUGAGAGAGAGUGAUGUACAUAGUAAACCUUAGAAGCAGCGUAUGUGGUGAGCAUUAAAGCAUAUCUAUGAGAGAAGUGCCUGGAAGAAGAGCAAACGAGGGGAGGGUUAUCUCAGAGCAGGCAGGCCAGCUACGAGCCUAUAUGAGCAGUCACCUCCAUGGUCCAGUGAGACUCUCUCCUCCCUCUCCUGUCUGUUUCUGGCAGCUCCAAUUGCUUGUUACAGUUCAGUCUGAUCCACAAUGGUUGAAAAGAGGUGCACAGCUCAACCAAACUGACCUUAGAUCAGCAGAGUGUCAUCAUCCAACUCCAGGUUGAUGACGGAGGAUAUUUAUCCAGUUUUAUUUCCUGUAGAGGCAGGACCAAGACUGAAACUGCCACUCAACCUCAGUAGCCUCAUCCAAUCACAUUAUUAUCCAAUCAUUCUGUUAUGUUUGUGGACUUGCAUUAACAGGGAUUCUUUCAAUUCAGAGGAGCGGUUCAUUUUAACAAAGAUAAUCUGUCUGUACAAUGUGUUUUGUAUACAGUGAGUGGUUGUGUACUGGGAGAAAUGGUUUUGUCCCUGGUAAAGUUGUGUGUAGCUCAGUAGUACCAUCCAUGUACUGCAUAGGAAGUGGACAUAAUGUAGAAUAGCUGUAAACUCAAAGCACAAAAUGCUCUGUGUGAGACUGUUUCCCAACCAGUGUCAUAUCAGGCCUUACAGAUGUCUUUAUUUUUCCAAACCUAAGUCUUUUAUAAUUGUUUUAUUUUGAUAGUGAGUGUGGUUUGGUACUAUGAUGAAAUGUUUUGUGUGGUGUUCUAUAGUAGCCCUGUAGUUGAAUAUAUCUGCUGGUUCACCCGUCGUCCAAGGAAAGAGUUGAGUAACUAUUUAAAAAGGAGAGAAAAAAGAGAUGUUUUCUGCAUUGCCUUGACUCACAAUAAAGGAUAUACAUAAAUAGGGUAUUUUUACUUUA